UCAACUUUAACUUAGUGGAUUUCCAUAUUCGGCCAACUCGAACUUUUCUUAGUACUCAAGCUGUGCCAAUUUUAUCCCCUGGUUUUUGUACUUUUUGGAAAUUUUAGUAAUUAUAAAAAAUGACGAUAAAAUUACAUUGUGAUAAGUCGAAUCCUCCAUUAGGAGCACUGUUAGCUUCAAAUUUAAUCAAUUCAAGUAAAAAGGAUCUGAUUACAGUUGAAUGGGGUCAGAAAAAUUGUAUAGAAAAUUCCUCCAACAAAAUAUUAUGUGAAACACCUCAAGAAGUCUUGAGAACAAUAGCACAAACAUUCAAAGAAAUCAAUUUGUAUGGAGUAUCUCCACUUGAAAGAACACAAAUUGAUCACUGGUUAUGUUAUACUCUAAUUGUUAAUAAUGAUUUUUCAUCUGCAUUAACAAAUUUGAAUAAAAUAUUAGGUCCUGUAACUUUUGUUGUCGGAAAUCAGAUUUCUAUUGCUGAUCUUGCAAUAUUUUCUUGUCUGUUUGUAAAUAAGCAGUGGCAAGCUCUUGUUUCAAAGAAGGCAGCUCCUAACAAUAUUUUAAGGUGGUUCAAAUUCAUUGAAUCCCAAGACUUUGUUAAAAAAGAAAUAAGUCAACUAAGCCCAGCAAUUCUAGAAACAUUAAAGAAAAGUUCGGAAGACGUUAAUAAUGAAACUGAACAACUUACUGCUGGAGGACGAGUUAGAGAAGGAAAAUUUGUUGAACUGCCAGGUGCUGAAAUGGGAAAAGUUGUAGUAAGAUUUCCACCAGAAGCUUCAGGGUAUUUGCAUAUAGGUCAUGCAAAAGCAGCCUUAUUGAAUCAAUAUUAUCAACAAACUUUUGAUGGUAAAUUGAUUAUGAGAUUUGAUGAUACCAAUCCUGCAAAAGAAGAUACCCACUUUGAAGAAGUUAUUCUUGAGGAUGUAGCUAUGUUGGAUAUUAAACCAGACCGAUUCACAUAUACAUCAGACUACUUCGAUCUUAUGUUGCAAUAUUGUGAAAAAAUGAUCAAAGAUGGUAAUGCCUAUGUUGAUGACACUGAUGCCGAACUUAUGAAGCAAGAACGAGAGCAAAAAGUAGAAUCAGCCAAUAGAAGCAAUUCAAUCGAAAAAAACUUCAAAAUGUGGGAAGACAUGAAAAAAGGAACAGAAUACGGACAAAAAUGCUGUGUUCGUGCUAAAAUAGACAUGAAAUCUCUCAAUGGUUGUCUGAGAGAUCCAACAAUUUAUCGUUGUAAAAAUGAAGCACAUCCAAGAACAGGAACUAAGUACAAGGUCUAUCCUACUUAUGAUUUUGCAUGUCCUAUUGUUGAUUCCAUUGAAGGAGUCACUCAUACACUAAGAACGAUGGAAUAUCAUGACAGAGAUCCUCAAUUUUAUUGGUUUAUUGAAUGUCUUGGUUUGAGAAAGCCUUAUAUUUGGGAAUAUAGCAGACUUUCAAUGACAAAUACUGUACUCAGUAAAAGGAAAUUGACAUGGUUUGUAGAGCAAGGACUAGUUGAUGCAUGGGAUGAUCCUAGAAUGCCAACAGUAAGAGGAGUUUUAAGAAGAGGUAUGACUGUAGAAGGUUUGAAAGAAUUCAUUAUCGCUCAAGGGUCUAGUAGGUCGGUUGUUUUUAUGGAAUGGGAUAAAAUAUGGGCUUUCAACAAAAAGGUUAUUGAUCCAAUUGCUCCGCGUUACACAGUCGUUGAUUAUGAAACACAUGUCCCAGUGAUCGUCCAUGGAGCCAAAGAAGAAUGUUUAACUGUUCCAAAACAUCCCAAAAAUCCUGAUGUGGGUACAAAAUCCGUUUGGGUGGGACCUAAGUUAAUAAUAGACAAAGCUGAUGCUGAAUGCUUGAAAGAAGGUGAAAAUGCCACUUUCAUUCAUUGGGGAAAUUUGAUGAUCAAAAAAAUCAAUAAAAAAGACGGGAACGUUAUAUCAGUAGAAGCUGAACCUAAUUUGGAUAAUAAAGAUUACAAGAAAACUUUGAAAACUACUUUCUUGUGUGAUACACCCAAAGCAAAAUUCACUCAUACCUUCUGUGUGUAUUUUGAUCAUAUUAUUAAUAAACCUCUUCUGGGGAAGGAUGAGGAUUUCAAGCAAUUCAUUGGACAUGAAACAAGAAAAGAUCUUCAGGUUGUGGGUGAUCCAGAACUGAAAAAUUUAAAACAAGGGGACAUAAUCCAAAUCCAAAGAAGAGGUUUCUUCAGGGUAGAUGUACCCUAUGGUGAAAGAAGUCCUUUCACUUGCAAAGAACAACCAAUUAUUUUAUUUUAUAUUCCUGACGGUUCAGCAAAGGACAAUUUCUCUACUAUAACUGCCAAGCAAGAUAAAGCCGUUAAAAAGGAAGAAACAUCAGCUAAAAAAGUCUCUAGUGGGAAAGCAGCUUCAGCAAAAGAAAAUAGUGCUGAGAAAUUGAAUGACGAUAUUUCUAAACAAGGUGAUAUUGUUAGGGACCUUAAGGCAAAGAAAGCUGUUAAAUCAGUUAUAGAUGAAGCAGUGAAGGUUUUGCUUUCUCUGAAAGCAGAAUACAAACAAGUAACUGGAUCUGAUUGGAAACCAGGUUGCACUCCACCAAAAUCAGCAGAUGUGAACGCAAAUGAAAACAAAGAAAAAGGUCAAUCGGCAGAAGCAAUAAACGAAGAAAUCACUAAACAAGGUAACAUCGUUAGGGACCUUAAGGCAAAGAAAGCUGCUAAAUCUGAUAUAGAUGGAGCAGUGAAGGUUUUGCUUUCACUGAAGGCAGAAUACAAACAAGUAACUGGAUCUGAGUGGAAACCAGGUUGCACUCCACCAAAAUCAGCAGAUGUGAACUCAAAUGAAAAUAAAGAAAAAGAUCAAUCGGCAGAAUCAAUAAACGAAGAAAUUACCAAACAAGGUAAUAUCGUUAGAGACCUCAAGGCAAAGAAAGCUGUUAAAUCAGAUAUAGAUGAAGCAGUGAAGGUUUUACUUUCUCUGAAAGCAGAAUACAAACAAGUAACUGGAUCUGAUUGGAAACCAGGUUGCACUCCACCAAAAUCAGCAGAUGUGAACGCAAAUGAAAAUAAAGAAAAAGGUCAAUCGGCAGAAUCAAUAAACGAAGAAAUUACUAAACAAGGUAAUAUCGUUAGGGACCUUAAGGCAAAGAAAGCUGCUAAAUCUGAUAUAGAUGGAGCAGUGAAGGUUUUGCUUUCACUGAAGGCAGAAUACAAACAAGUAACUGGAUCUGAGUGGAAACCUGGAUGCACUCCACCAAAAUCAGCAGAUGUGAAAGCAAAUGAAACUAAAGGAAAAGGUCAUUCGGCAGAAUCAAUAAACGAAGAAAUUACUAAACAAGGUAAUAUCGUUAGGGACCUCAAGGCAAAGAAAGCUGUUAAAUCAGAUAUAGAUGAAGCAGUGAAGGUUUUACUUUCUCUGAAAGCAGAAUACAAACAAGUAAGUGGAUCUGAGUGGAAACCAGGUUGCACUCCACCAAAAUCAGCAGAUGUGAAAGCAAAUGAAAAUAAAGAAAAGGUGCAAUCUAUAGAAUCACUGAACGAAGAAAUUAUCAAACAAGGAAAUAUUGUUAGGGAUCUCAAAUCAAACAAGGCUGAUAAAGCAAAAAUAGGAGCUGAAGUUCAAAUUUUGCUCAAACUGAAGGAGCAGUUCAAAUCUUUGAGCGGAAAAGAUUGGAAACCAGAUAUGACACCAACAUCUGAUCAAAAAACACAAAAAUCUGUUAACAAUAGCGGAGACGCAACCAAUGCUGCCGAUUUAACUUUGAAAAUAAAUGAACAAGGAAAUAAAGUGAGAGAUUUGAAAACAAAAAAAGCCAGCAAGGAAGAAGUAGAUAAAGAAGUUAAAAUUCUUCUUGACUUAAAAGCGGAUUAUAAGAAAGUCACUGGUACAGAUUUUCCUGUAGGAGGAAGAACAAAUGAUAAAUCAGCCAAUAAAAGUAAUGCUAAUAAAGAAGCCAAGCCUAAAGAUAAAAAAGAAGCAAAACCAAAAAAUGAAGCAAAACCAAAGCAGGAACCACAAAACAAUGAAGACAGGAAUGUAAAAAAACAAACUAGAUUAGGUCUAGAAGCUAAAAAAGAAGAGGACUUGCCAAAUUGGUAUUCUCAAGUAUUGACCAAGAGUGAAAUGAUUGAGUAUUAUGAUGUUUCCGGAUGUUAUAUAUACAGGCCUUGGUCUUAUAUGAUUUGGGAAAAUAUCAAGGAUUGGUUGGAUAAAGAAAUUAAGAAGUUAGGGGUUGAAAAUUGCUAUUUCCCUAUUUUCGUCUCCAAAGCCAUGUUGGAAAAGGAAAAAACUCAUAUUGCAGAUUUCUCACCAGAGGUCGCUUGGGUAACAAAGUCUGGAGAUUCAGAUAUGAGUGAACCAAUAGCUGUGAGACCAACUUCUGAAACGGUCAUGUACCCAGCCUACGCAAAAUGGAUCCAAUCUUACAGAGAUCUUCCGAUCAAAUUAAACCAAUGGAACAAUGUAGUGAGGUGGGAAUUCAAACAUCCACAACCUUUCUUGAGAACAAGAGAAUUUUUGUGGCAAGAAGGCCAUACAGCCUAUGCUACGGUCGAAGAAGCCAAGGAGGAAGUCACUGUUAUUUUAGAUCUCUACGCCAAAGUGUACACAGACCUCCUUGCUGUGCCAGUGAUCAAAGGAAGGAAAACUGAAAAAGAAAAAUUUGCUGGUGGAGACUACACCUAUACAGUUGAAGCUUACAUAUCUGCUAGUGGACGCGCUAUCCAAGGUGCCACUUCCCAUCAUCUCGGACAGAAUUUCUCUAAAAUGUUCGAUCUUACAUAUGAAGAUCCUGAAACGCAAGAAAAGAAAUACGUUUACCAGAAUUCAUGGGGUAUAACUACUAGAACUAUUGGUGUCAUGAUCAUGAUCCACUCAGACAAUCAGGGUCUUGUUCUUCCUCCAAAUGCUGCCAGUGUACAGGCUGUGAUCGUACCUUGCGGAAUAACUACCAGUUUAUCUGAAGAAGGACGUGCAAACCUUCAGUCCUCUUGCAUAUCUUUAGAAACGGAAUUAAAAUCUGCCGAUGUCAGAGUUAAAGGCGAUUAUCGAGACAACUAUUCGCCUGGUUGGAAAUUCAAUCAUUGGGAAUUGAAGGGAGUACCAAUCAGAAUUGAACUUGGUCCUAAAGAUAUCGAGAAGAAACAAUUGGUGGCCGUACGAAGGGAUACAGGUGAAAAAUUAACAAUUCCUCUGAAGAACGCCGUUGAUGAAAUCAAAAAACUGUUGAAAGACAUACAUGAAAAUCUUUACAAAAAGGCAAAUGAAGAUAUGAAAAACCAUGUGGUUAUCUUUAAGAAUUGGUCCGAUUUUGUGCCGAAUUUGGAAAAGAAAAACCUGAACUUAGUUCCUUUCUGUGGAAAUGAAGACUGCGAGGACAAGAUCAAAGCUGAUAGCACAAGGGAUGAUGCAACUGCAGAUACUGCGGCACCUUCAAGUGGAGCUAAAUCGCUAUGUAUUCCUCUAGAGCAACCCGCUUCAAUAGAAAAUUCUGAUAAAUGUAUCCACCCCAGUUGUAACAGGAAACCUCAAUUCUACACAUUGUUUGGUCGUAGUUAUUGAGAGUUUUUCAUUUGAAGAAUUGAAAUAAAAAGCCUUAUUUUUAAAA